AUGCUGGAGGAAGCGGGCGAGGCUGAGAACGUUCUGAAGGCAUCGUGCCUGCCGCUCGGCUUCAUCGUCUUCCUGCCCGCCGUGCUGCUGCUCGUGGCGCCGCCGCUGCCCGCCGCCGACGCCGCGCACGAGUUCACCGUGUACCGCAUGCAGCAGUACGACCUGCAGGGCCAGCCGUACGGCACACGGAAUGCAGUGCUCAACACGGAGGCACGCACAGUGGACGCAGACGUGCUGAGCCGCCGCUGUGUGCUUAUGCGGCUUCUGGACUUUUCCUAUGAGCACUACCAGAAGGCCUUGCGACAAUCAGCGGGUGCUGUGGUCAUCAUCCUCCCCCGGGCCAUGGCCGCUGUGCCCCAGGAUGUUGUCCGGCAAUUCAUGGAGAUUGAGCCUGAGAUGCUGGCCAUGGAGACCGUGGUCCCAGUGUAUUUUGCCGUGGAGGAUGAGGCCCUGCUGUCCAUCUAUGAGCAGACCCAGGCUGCCUCUGCCUCUCAGGGCUCUGCCUCCGCUGCUGAAGUGCUGCUGCACACAGCCACAGCCAACGGUUUCCAGAUGGUGACCAGCGGAGCCCAGAGCCAGGCGGUGAGCGACUGGCUGAUCACCAGCGUGGAGGGGACGGCUGACAGGCUGGGAGGUGAGGACCUCCCUACCAUUGUCAUUCUGGCUCACUACGACGCCUUUGGCGUGGCCCCGUGGCUGUCGCUGGGCGCCGAUUCGAACGGUAGUGGCAUCUCCCUGCUGCUGGAGCUGGCUCGUCUCUUCUCACGCCUCUACACGUAGCGCACACAUGCAGCGUACAACCUCCUGUUCUUCGCAUCAGGAGGAGGCAAGUUCAACUACCAGGGCACCAAGCGAUGGCUGGAGGACAGCCUGGACCACACAGACUCCAGCCUGCUGCAGGAUAAUGUAGCCUUCGUGCUCUGCCUGGACACCGUGGGCCGCGGCAGCCACCUGCGCCUGCAGUGUCCAAGCCACCUCGGGAGGGGACGCUGCCAGCACGCCUUCCUGCGUGAACUGGAGACAGUGGCCACGCACCAGUUCCCUGACGUCAGCUUCUCCAUGGUUCACAAGAAGAUCAACCUGGCAGACGACUGUUGCUGGCCUGGGAGCAAGCAGCGCUUUGCUAUCCGCAGGCUGCCCGCCUUCACGCUGUCACACCUGGAGAGCCACCGCGGGCCGCGCAGCAGCAUCAUGGAAGUGCGGGCCCGGGUGGACUCCAAGACGCUAACGCGGAACACACGGAUCAUCGCUGAGGCCCUGACGCGGGUUAUCUACAACCUGACAGACAAGGGGACUCCCCCGGACAUGCCAGUGUUCACGGAACAGAUGCAGGUCCAGCAGGAGCAGCUGGACUCAGUGAUGGACUGGCUCACCAACCAGCCGCGGGCCGCGCAGCUGCUGGACAAGGACGGGACAUUCCUGAGUACACUUGAGCACUUUCUGAGCCGCUACCUGAAGGACGUGCGGCAGCACCAUGUGAAGGCCGACAAGCGGGACCCCGAAUUUGUCUUCUACGACCAGCUUAAGCAGGUGAUGAAUGCCUACAGGGUCAAACCAGCCAUCUUUGACCUGCUGCUGGCUGUGUGCAUCGGGGCAUACCUUGGCAUGGCAUACACAGCUGUCCAGCACUUCCACCUAUUGUACAAGACUGUGCAGAGACUGCUGCUCAAAGCCAAGGCCCAGUGACGACGGCUGUGGACAGGAGGCUCAGGAGGGACCGGCCCACGUGUGGGCACCCACGCGGCUAGACUGAACCAGAGUUCAGUAGGAUGCAGGGACCUCUCCCGGUCUCCUUGAACUUCCUUGGUGGAGAACCCCGCCCACCUGCAGAUGAGCCCAAUGGGACAGAUGGUCCCCCCAGCCACAUGCACUGAAGGCCACAGGCUUGGCUGGGUCCCAGCAGCCUGCCCCCGCCCUCCUCUGUGGCCAAUCAGUAGGGGCCCAGCACCAGGCCCACCUAUCCUGGCACUGGCUAGCACCUGACUA